AUAAGAUUUUAGUUUCAUCCUGGCUCCAGUUUUCAUGGUAUCAGAGCCAGCUCCGUUUUCCUUUCUUCUUCUUCCUCGUAACUUCUCCUUCUUGACUCUACGUAUCCGUCAUCAUGGAAGCAUCCUUCACCUCUCAGACAACCGAUCCGAAAGAAAAUCAGCUGGAUUCCAGCUGCGUCAUUCCUACUUCUCUCAAAUUUGUGAUAUCAAAUAUCAAAAUCGUCGUGCCUACUCAACUAUCCUUCGACAACUAUGCGGUAUGGCGCUCCCAAAUACUCAAACUUCUGAAUGCAAACGGGUUUUCUUCCUUUCUUCUUCCGUCUGCAUCUCCUCCACCUAGGUUUACAGAUCUUUCGGAUGGCUCUCAAAAACCAAAUCUAAAAUACCAAGAAUGGUGUCUAGUAGAUCAAAAUCUGGCUGCAGCGUUGUGUUCUACAAUUUCACCAGUUCUCUUACCCUAUGUUAUUCAUCUUGAAUCAACAUCGGCGAUCUGGGCAACCAUAGAGCGCCAACUUCAAUCUUCAAAUAGGUCGCGUGUCAUUCAACUUCGCAAUGAGCUUCACAAUAUUCAGAUAAAAAAUCAAAUGAUGGUCCAAUAUCUUACUCAAAUCAAGAACAUCGUUGAUAACAUCAAUGCGGUUGGAGCAGUUCUUGAUCAAGAAGACAUAAUACUGUACACAUUGAACGGUCUUCCAUCUUCUUACAACGCGUUCAAGACCUCCAUUCGUACUAUGCUUCAUCCGAUUGAUCUGGACAACCUAUACUCGUUGCUGAUUAGCGAAGAAAUAAAUUUGCAAGCCAAUUCGAUACAACAAGUUACCAUCACUGAAUCAUCGACUGCUCUCUAUACCCAGCAUGGUCGGGGCCGACGAAGUCGUGGACGUUCUUACUCUCAAAAUUCAAGAACGAAUAAUGCCUCCAGCAUACAAUGUCAGAUUUCUAAUAAAAAGGGUCAUUCGACUAACAAUUGUUGGCACAGAUCCAAUCUGACGAUCAAUCCUCCAGAAAAUCAAACCAAUAACUCCAGAACUCUGGUGGCAACGACGGACCCAGGAAAUCAAGAUUAGUACUUGGAUUCGGGUGAUGGCAAAUCUCUAUCCAUUGCUCACUCCGGCAAUGGAAUUCUGCCCACACCUAAUCGUAAGCUCGCUCUUAACUCUCUUUUACAUGUUCUGCAUUUAUCACAUAAUCUGUUAUCAAUUUCAAAUCUAACCAGAGACAACAAUGUCUUUGUAUAUUUUGAUUCUAACGGUUUUAUGAUUAAGGAUUUGAGGACAAAUCAACAUCUUAUGUCGGGACCAAGUAGACGUGGAUUAUACUCGAUUCGAUCUGCAGGUUCUCCGGCUGCUAUCAAGGCUCUCACUGCUAACUAGCAAGCUUCAUCCAUUUGGCAUCAACGACUCGGGCAUCCACAUAGCCAAAUACUUCAUAUGAUUUUUUAUUCCAAUAAAUUCUUGAAUAUACACAAGAACUUUUUUUUUUUGUGUAAAAUGUAAGGCCGCUAAAGGCCACAAACUACCAUUUAUGACACAUACUGAAAAAUCUCGCUUUCCUUUACAAAUUAUUCACUCUGAUGUUUGGGGGCCAUCCCCUGUGCCAUCUCAUCAAGGUUUUUCAUAUUAUGUUGUCUUUAUAGAUGAUUUCUCUAAAUUUACUUUGGUAUUUCAGAUGCGUAACAGAUCAGAUGUUUUCUCUAUCUUUUGCACUUUUAAAUGCUUUGUUGAGAAACAAACGAAUUGUCAGAUUAAAUGCUUACGGUCCGAUGGUGGUAAAGAAUAUAUCAACUCUAACUUUAGCAGUUUUCUUACGCAGCACGGCAUUCAACAACAAACUUCUUGCCCAUAUACGCCAGAACAGAAUGGGUCAGCAGAAAGAAAACAUAGGCACUUGAUUGAGACAACCCAUACUCUGCUUCACAGCGCAUCUCUUCCGUACCCCUUUUGGCCAGAUGCGGUUCUCACAGCGUCAUAUCUGAUCAAUCGUUUACCCUCAUGCACAAACAAUCUCACAUCUCCCAUCCAUAUGCUUUUUAACAAACAACCUGAUUACAAGUUUCUCAAAGUCUAUGGAUGUGCCUGUUUUCCAUGGAUUCCACCGGUUCAACGACACAAACUGGAACCACAUUCUAGAUCUUGUGUAUUCGUAGGAUAUUCGUCCAUCUCUAAGGGAUAUAAAUGUUUUGAUCCAAUCACUAACAAAGUUUUUAUUUCUCGUCACGUUGUUUUUGACGAAAUCACAUUUUUGUUUAAACAAAUAAACUCAAACUCUACACAAUCUGUUUCUCAGUUUAUUCCACCUGCACUUCUAGUGCCUAAUCCUCAACGUCUCCCUCCCAACAACAACAGGUCAAUACAAACCAUUUCACGGGUUAACAACACUCAGACUUCUACUCGGAAUAACACCACUCAGCCUGCUACUUAGUCGUUCUCAUCCAAUUCUAUCUCUCCUUUGUCAGUAACUGAUGUGUCUACUGAUACAACCAAAGCUAGCCAUCAGGCUAAUCCAAAGAUGGCAUCCAAACAUCACAUGACAACUAGAACAAAAAUUGGUAAUCUCAAACCUAUUCAAAGACUGAAUCUGUUUCAUAUGCAGGUCAAGCCUAAUAACAAACAUUCAGUGGAUCCGACAACAUAUCAAGAAGCCAAAAUCAUCACUGGAGGAAAGCAAUGGCGAAAGAAUUCUACGCACUACAAAAAUAGGGCACAUGGGACCUAGUACCAUCUCCCGUAAACACACCCAUACUCGGCAGUCGAUGGACUUUUCGAACCAAAUAUCACUCAGAUGGUACAGUAGCCCCCUUCAAAGAACAACUGGUAGCACAAGGAAAUAACCAACAAUAUGGCAUCAACUACCUUGAAACUUUCAGCCCUGUAGCUAAGUUUCCUACUAUUCGCACUUUUCUUACUAUUGCUAUUAAUAACAACUGGCCUGUACAUCAGUUUGAUAUUACUAAUGCUUUUUUACACGGCACUCUUGAUGAAACCAUAUUUAUGAGACAUCUUGAUAAAACCAUAUUUAUGAGACAACCAAAAGGAUUUGAAGAUAAUACUAGGCCCAAUCAUGUUUGCAAACUUCAGAAAGCUAUAUAUGGUCUUAAGCAGGCACCACGUUAGUGGUUUAACACGUUGUCUGGUUUCCUAUGUUCCAUUGGGUUUUAUCCUGGCAAAGCUGAUUCAUCGUUAUUUAUAUUUAACAAAAACAAAAGUCAAUUAUACACUGUUAUCUAUGUAGAUUAUAUAUUAUUGACAGGUAAUAAUCCGCAAAUGAUUGCCACAAUCACUGCUCUUCUUCAUCAGAAAUUCGAUAUGAAACACUUAGGAUUAGCAAACAGCUUUCUGGGAAUUCAGAUCACCAUGGCUCAAAACAAGAUGUUUCUUUCUCAACACAAGUAUGCAGCUUCUAUACUUAACAUGGCCGGUAUGACCAUGUGCAAAGAUCUGGCUAACCCGUCCUGUGCCAAAAUUCCUGAGCAAAUUCCAACUGAAGUUCCGGUAUCUGAUUUCAUCUGUACAAAAAAAUCGUUGGAUAUUUACAAUAUCUAACGAUAACACAACCGGAUAUAUCAUUUGCGGUCAACCUACUAUGUCAAUAUAUGCAUAAUCAUACCUCAUUACAAUUUUAUUUACUUUAUCGUGUUUUACGCUACAUUCACGGCACAAUUUCGUUUGGUUUGCCUAUAUCUCAGGGUCCAAUAGAGCUGCAAUCAUUUUCAGAUGCGGAUUGGGCUGGAGACAAAGAAACUAGACGGUCCACUUCUGGUUACUAUACAUUCUUCGGAAACACCCUUAUCUCGUGGACUGUCAAGAAACAAAAUACAGUAGCAAGAUCAUCUACCGAAGCAGAAUAUAGAGCCAUUGCUACUGCCGUGUCAGAUGUUAUUUGGCUUAGGAGGUUGCUUCUUGACUUCAACAUAAAUCUCAAGGCACCAACCACUCUACAUUGCGAUAACACAUCGGCUAUUGCCCUUGCUAACAAUCCGGUGUUUCAAGCAAGAACUAAACACAUCGAAAUUGAUCAUCACUUCAUUAGGGAUCACAUCCAAUCAAAAGUAGUCAACAUAUUUCCAAUCUCUACCAAAGACCAGUUAGCAGAUAUCUUCACUAAACAGUUGUCGACUCCUCGAUACCAUCUUCUUCGUCACAAGCUUAUUGUACAGCCUAGUCCAUUAACUUGAGGGGGUGUAAUAAAGAUACCUGUUUAACACAUGAAAUAAGUACUUACCUGUAUACGGUCUUAUAUUCUAGUUGCUUCCUGUACAUCUAUAUAUAACAAUACUCUGUAUCUUUAUACAUUGAAUAAGAUUUUAGUUUCAUCC